ACUCUGAUCAAGUAACUCCGUCGUGCUGAAAAAUCAAUGGAGAGAAGUUCAUCCUGUAGUCAACCCGGUCAUCCUCUACCCCAUGACCGCUACAUCACUGUUCUCAGCAUUGACGGCGGCGGCAUCAAAGGUAUCAUCCCCGCUGUUAUCCUUGAUUUUCUCGAAUCUCAACUUCAGGAGCUAGACGGCAAGCAAACGAGACUUGCUGACUACUUUGACGUUAUAGCCGGAACGAGCACCGGCGGCCUUGUUACCGCCAUGCUGACAUCUCCCGACGAGAACAAUCGACCCCUUUAUGCUGCCAAGGACAUCAAGCCUUUUUACUUAGAAAACUGCCCGAAAAUUUUUCCACAGACGCACUCAUGGUUUCCGUUUGGGCAAGAGUUGAAAUCUUUGUUGGGGCCGUUGUACGACGGGAAGCACCUACAUGGGAUAUUGAAAGAGAAGCUGAAACACACAAAGUUGAGCCAGUCUAUUACCAAUGUGGUUAUUCCAGCUUUUGACAUCAAACGUUUGCAGCCUGUGAUUUUUUCCACAUAUGAGGCAAAAAGAUCAGCAUUGUUAGAUGCUAAAUUUUCAGACAUCUGCAUAAGUACUUCAGCAGCUCCUACGUUCUUUCCUGGGCAUGAGUUCGCGACAAAAGACGAGAAGGGGAAUGUAAGAGAGUACAACCUCAUAGACGGCGGUGUCGCUGCAAAUAAUCCGGCCUUGAUUGCUAUAUCAGAAGUAAUGAAACAAAUGUUCGAUAGCAACAUGGAGCUGUUGGGAAUGAGGGCUGUGGAAUUACCUCGUCUGCUGAUCGUGUCAGUGGGCACAGGAGCUGCGAGAGUUGAUGAGAAGUAUAACACAAAACUGGCAGCCAGAUGGGGUAUUUUGGACUGGUUGCUGUAUGGGGGAACUGCACCUUUGCUUGAAAUUUUCACUCAAGCUAGUGCAGAUAUGGUUGAUUUUCACACUUCUUUGCUCUUCCAAGCUCUUUUCUCUGAGGAUAAUUACCUUAGGAUCCAGGACGAUACACUAUGUGGGAUAGAAUCUUCAGUGGAUGUUGCGACAAGAGAAAACUUGGACAGACUUGUCACAAUUGGUGAGAGGCUGCUUAAAGGUCCUGUUUCGAGGGUUGAUUUCUCCACUGGUCUAUCUCAGCCCCUCCAAAACGGAGGCACAAAUGAGGAUGCUAUUAUCAGGUUUGCGCGUUUGUUGUCAACUGAAAGGAAACUUCGGUUGGCGAAGAAUAUAGAGAGCAGGAGACCGACGACGCACGCGCAAUUAAGGAUCGGCGGCGACGGGAUUGGCAGCAGGCUGAAAAUGGAGUCAAUGGUGAAUAAUUAUAGGGAAAGGUUGAUGUCUUACCCCUUAGUGUGUUCUAUUAAUGUCUCAACUCCCCCUGUUAAUAAACUGUUUUGGAAAUAAAUAUUACUAUAUUAAAUUGAA